UCUCUCAGUAUCUCACCCCAAAAUUUCAGAAGCUAGUGAUCAAUCAUCAACACAGAGCUGAGUGUGUUGCUCUGUGAAUCCACCUUCUUCUUCCAUUGGAGGACCAUUUCCUCCUGGAAUAGAAAUACUACCACACUUUUCUUUUUUCACUUCUCUAAGUUGCUAAGUUAAUUGCUCCUUCAUUUUUUCACUCUUCGUUCUCGCGUACCCGUGUCGCGGUAACUCGGUUAAAAAGGUGAUGCUAAGGACAACAUCAAUUCUUCCCACAACGUGGAUUCCUCCUUCGCGUGAACCACAUCGCAAUCUAUCUAACGUGUGCUUAACCUUUUACCAUCACCAUCAUCAUAAGUCCCUAGUGGUGAAGUGUUCGAAAAUGACUGUCACACCUAAGAUCUCAGUUAACGAUGGGAAACUUGUUGUCCAUGGUAAGACCAUUCUGACUGGAGUGCCAGACAACGUUGUGCUGACUCCAGGUUCUGGAAGGGGUCUUGUGACUGGUGCUUUUGUUGGUGCCACAGCUUCACACAGCAAAAGUCUCCAUGUGUUUCCAAUGGGUGUUUUAGAGGGGCUCCGGUUCAUGUGUUGUUUCCGGUUCAAGUUAUGGUGGAUGACUCAGAGAAUGGGAACUUGUGGGAGGGAUGUUCCUCUGGAGACUCAAUUCAUGCUUAUUGAGAGCAAAGAGAGUGAAACUGAUGGGGAGAAUUCUCCAAUCAUCUACACUGUCUUGCUUCCUCUCCUCGAAGGUCAAUUCCGAGCUGUUCUUCAAGGCAAUGACAAGAACGAGAUAGAGAUUUGCCUCGAGAGUGGGGAUAAUGCAGUUGAGACUGACCAAGGCCUUCACAUGGUUUACAUGCAUGCUGGGACCAAUCCCUUUGAAGUCAUCAAUCAAGCUGUCAAGGCUGUGGAAAAACACAUGCAAACUUUUCUUCAUCGUGAGAAGAAAAGGUUGCCAUCUUGUCUUGACUGGUUUGGAUGGUGCACAUGGGAUGCUUUCUAUACUGAUGUCACAGCUGAGGGUGUUGAGGAAGGCCUGAAAAGUCUAUCACAGGGAGGUACACCUCCACGAUUCCUCAUCAUAGAUGAUGGUUGGCAACAGAUUGAAAAUAAAGCAAAGGAUGCUACUGAAUGUUUGGUACAAGAAGGAGCACAGUUUGCUACUAGGUUGACUGGUAUUAAAGAGAAUACUAAAUUUCAAAAGAAAUUACAGAACAAUGAGCAGAUGUCAGGUCUGAAGCAUCUAGUACAUGGAGCAAAGCAGCAUCACAAUGUGAAAAAUGUAUAUGUAUGGCAUGCACUAGCUGGUUAUUGGGGUGGAGUGAAGCCAGCAGCAACCGGCAUGGAACAUUAUGACACUGCCUUGGCAUAUCCAGUGCAGUCACCAGGCGUGCUAGGAAACCAACCAGACAUUGUCAUGGACAGCUUGGCUGUACAUGGCCUUGGCCUAGUGCACCCAAAGAAGGUUUUCAAUUUCUACAACGAGCUCCAUGCUUACUUAGCUUCUUGUGGAGUAGAUGGAGUGAAGGUUGAUGUGCAGAACAUUAUUGAGACCCUUGGUGCGGGACAUGGUGGCCGAGUGUCACUUACUCGCAGCUAUCAUCACGCGCUUGAGGCUUCCAUUGCUAGCAAUUUUACUGAUAACGGAUGCAUUGCGUGUAUGUGUCACAACACUGAUGGACUUUAUAGUGCUAAGCAGACUGCUAUUGUGAGAGCUUCUGAUGAUUUUUACCCUCGUGAUCCUGCUUCCCAUACCAUCCAUAUUUCUUCUGUUGCAUACAACUCACUAUUCCUUGGAGAAUUCAUGCAACCUGACUGGGACAUGUUUCAUAGUUUACACCCAGCAGCAGAUUAUCAUGCUGCAGCUCGUGCAAUUGGUGGAUGUCCUAUUUAUGUUAGUGACAAGCCAGGCAAUCACAAUUUUGAUCUUCUUAAGAAGCUGGUUCUCCCGGAUGGUUCGGUUCUCCGUGCUCAGUUACCUGGCAGGCCAACUCGUGAUUCUCUAUUUGUGGAUCCAGCCAGAGAUAGGACUAGCUUGCUCAAAAUAUGGAACCUGAACAAAUGCUCUGGAGUUGUUGGUGUAUUUAACUGCCAAGGUGCUGGAUGGUGCAAGAUAGAGAAGAAAACCCGCAUCCAUGAUACAUCUCCUGGUACACUCACCGCCUCUGUCUGCGCCUCUGAUGUUGACCUCAUCACACAAGUAGCAGGAGCUGAAUGGCUUGGAGAUACAAUUGUUUAUGCUUACAGAUCAGGUGAGGUGAUUCGGCUACCAAAAGGGGUUUCAAUUCCAGUGACACUAAAAGUUCUGGAGUUUGAGCUUUUCCACUUCUGUCCAAUCCAAGAAAUAGCUCCAAGUAUAUCAUUUGCAGCAAUAGGGCUACUGGAUAUGUUCAACACUGGAGGAGCAGUGGAGCAGGUUGAGAUUCAUAACCGAGCAGCAACGAAAACAAUAGCUCUUAGUGUAAGGGGAAGAGGCAGAUUUGGAGUUUACUCCUCCCAGAGACCACUGAAGUGUGUGGUAGGUGGCGCUGAAACCGACUUCAACUAUGACUCAGAGACCGGGUUGACAACCUUCUCCAUUCCAGUUUCUCCAGAGGAGAUGUACAGAUGGUCAAUAGAGAUCCAAGUUUGAGUCCUUUUUAAGACUUGGUGUUUGAUGCAUUGUUGUAUCAGGAGAAGGGUUUUGUUGUAAUUAAGGAUUGAGGGAAUUGUUGGAGUCAGGCAGAGAGAGAGGGGGGAGGUUUGUUGUAAGACACCUAGUAUUAGUAUCAUGUAGUGGAGAAAAAGGGUUGUUGAUCCUAAUAGCUAGACAAGGCAUGUUGUAGUAGUCAUGGGGUGGGGAAGUCCUUUUGUUGUAGCAUGUAAUUUGGUUUAGACUUGUAGUAUGUCAUCAAUUAGAUGGAUAAAGAGAGAAUAUUGUUAUCUACCCGAGGAUGUAACAAUGUUUGUUUCUCUGAAUAAAAAGUUCACAUCUGUCUUUUGGAAUAAAACUAGUGAAUUACUGUC